CCGUACCUCCUCCAGUGACCAACAGUGGCUCAACUUCUCACUGGAUCCCUGGAUCGUCCGCCAUCCCGACAGAUGGGAUAGGCCUGUGACUGUCGGCCCUCACGCGCGUCCCUUCCCACCUGCACACCGGAAGACAUAACGGCGGGCUCUUAGUCUCACGAACGGAUGUUGCGCUCCAUGUCCACCCCAGCACCCCAAGAUGAGCUCACGACGACCGCCUUGCGCGCCCUCAAGACAGUAUCCGCCACCAGCAAGGCGCACUUUCUGCUCGAAACCGCGCUGGCUUUGAUCAACCAGGGGCAAUACGGAGCCGAGGUGGAGAACUAUCUAGAGGUCUAUCUACGCACGCCGGGCCUUACCAACGAUGAGCUCGUGCGUGCCCUGCUAGCGAGGGCGAAGGCCCGACGAACAGCCGGAGAGGGCCUCCUGAGCAAAGCUGAGCAAGACCUCCUCACUGUUUCCAAGUUGGACCCUUCGAACAAAGAAAUUCGACGAUUCGUUCGAAGCGAGCAGCUGAUACACUUCGCGGACUCACCUGCCUCGCAUCGUGCACCACCCGAAGUAUGGGACCGUAUUGCAUCGUAUAUACCUCGCUUCCAUCUCCGUACUUGGCUCUUCGUUUCCGCAUUCCACCGUAACAUCGCGCUGCGCAUCAUAUUCCACACUGUGGACCUCUAUUUCGGUGAAGAUCAAGAUAACCUCAACCGGUCUCUGGACAUCUUCGACCGUGUUAAGGACGAUAAGAGCUUUGCGAACCGCAUCAAGGUUUUAAGGUUGCAUUGGGCUUGCGAACAAGGCGAUAUGUUGGACCUGAUGAUACGAAUAUUUCGUACGACGCUUCCCGAGUUCAAAGCCCUGCGCUCGUUCGAAUGGAUUGGCUAUCCCGAGGUCGGAAAGGACUUGGUCCAAGUGCUUCUUGCUUCCCAUUCGCACUUGGAAGCCCUCGGCCUCAUCGGAUGGCAUUUCGACGCCGAGGGCGUCUCCGCUUUCAGCGGACUCCGCAAGUUCACGCUUCGUGCGGAGGACGAUGACGGUUGGGCUGAUAUGGGCGAGAUCCGGACGGUCCUCGAUGUCAACGAGCACACCCUGAGGCACCUGUGCUUAGGCGCUUACCUUGCCCGGGACCAUUCGUGGGACUCGGCCUUUCAGAGCACCACGAUCCAGAACCUCACCCACCUAGACCUGGUAGACACGAGGAUCAGCCACAUCGUGCUCGCGCGCAUCGCGCACGCUCACAACCUCCAGUCAUUAACAUUACACGGGACGUUCGAGGAACCGAGAAGCGCGUCGGUCGUUUUCGGCAGUGACCACCUCAUCGAGGGCAGGCACACCUUCCUUCCGCACCUGCAGGCGUUCAGGUUUGUCCUGGUCGGGCACGACGACGAGUUCGGCCUCUGGCAGAAUGUCGCGCAGUUCAUCAAGCAUCGGAGGAAACUGCGCCGUCUGGACCUGGGUAACUGUCCCUGGGAGCUCGUGUCGGAAGUGCUCCCGGGCUUAGUAGGCCUGCGCGUGCUUCGUGUUCGCAUCGCGAACCUUACGCAAGUUGUGGUGCAAAAUUUAGUGCAACGAUUACCCAAGGAAAUGGUCGCCAUACACUUGGCUACUGUGGCAUGCGACCAGACACUCGAUCACUACGCUUCUCUCUUUGCCCCGUUUCAUACGCUGUCGCUCUUACACCUCCACAAGGCGAACAAGAAGCGCCCCCAGCUGUCGCACAUGUCGGAGAAAGAGUACCACGUCCAGUCGCAGCUCUGGCAUACGUGUUUGCAGCAGAUCGCAGUUUCGGUUCCCUCUCUCGACUUCGUGGGAUGGCACGGCGAGCAUUGGGUGAUCGUGCGAGGCACGAGCGCUGGAGAAAAGAGUGAAGAGAGCGAGAUCUGCAAGAACGUCGAACUCAAGGAGUUGCCCGCGCGGAAGAGGCUGGAUUGCGGGACAGGUGUGGAUCUGGGUAGCGAGGAUGCUGCGUGGCUGGAGAGGAAGGACGUGCCGAUGGAUUACGAGAUGCCUGGACUGGAGGCAUAAACAGAUCCGUUCUCCAUAUUGCUUGAGUCUUGUGACGAACUGUGUCCUGUCCCAGCUCAGUAAAACAUGAAGCUUCGAUGAGCCC